AUGCCUAUGGCCGUGCCAUUAGCAAAUCAAACAUCCAGUUAUCGGUCAUCAACUGCCAAGUAUUUGCAAAAUGCAUAUUUUUUGCAUUUGUCGCAGUAUUUGUUACAAUAUUUCAGUUUUUAUUUUUUAAAUAAGAAUAUUGGAUUUCAUGGUCAAUCAAUCGAUCAAUACGGAACGCCUCGAACCUAUAGUAAAGUAAUUAUCUUAAGUCCCGAAGACAUCAAUGGUGUUUUAAAAAACGCUACCCAAGAUCCAACGCAGAAUGGCAGAAUGGUGUCAUGA